AGUAUGUCAGCAUUGUUGUUGAAUGGUAGCUUCCGACCAAGGUUUUCUUCCAAACAAGGAUUUCUAAACAGUAGGAUUCUCUCCGGAGAAUGGUGUCGUUAUCGUUGCGCCGUCGUCUCCACUACCCCGAUCGGGCGUCAAGGGGUCGAUUCUUGAGAUCGCAGAAGAAGCGUAAGCACCAACUGCUGCUCUGAAUAACUGUUGUAUAAUAAAGGUGCUAUGUUUGAGGUCAUUAUUAGAUAUGAUUUGUGAGGGGUAAUGUGAGCAUUUUACUUUAUAGAUGUUAUUAUCGAUACUUUUUUUGCAAGUUAAAACACACUAGUACAUGGACGUUGCAAAGAAAAUUUUGAUGGAACCUCGAACAAUAUCCUGUUGCUAGCUCUAAUGAACUGUUCAAUUGGGU